ACUGUCAGAGACCUUUUCCGAGUUUAUUUGCACAGUGCAAAAAUCGCGAGCGGUCGUACGAAGAGUUUUCAUCGGUCAUUUUGAGUGUGUCAAAAACGAAUAUUUUCGAAAUAAUAAAAAAAGUUGAACUGUUUUGAUCCUUAUUGAAUAAUCUCAUAAAAAUGGCAGUAGUGCCCGCUUCAAAUUAUUCGAAUGAUUUGGAUUAUUGGGAUUAUCGUAGACGUUUAUGGCGUGAUUGGGAUUUAAUUGAUUGGGAUGUGCCCUAUUGGAAACGAUUGGCACGUGUAGGUUCAGCACCAGAUUUAAGUCGCGUUAUUGUUGGCAAAGAUGGAUUUGAGGCUUGUGUGGAUGUACAUCAGUUUAAGCCCUAUGAAAUCACUGUAAAAACAAUAGCGGACACCGUUAUUGUAGAAGCUAAGCAUGAUAAGCGACGCGAUGGUGACAGUUUUGUAGGACGACAUAUUGUAAAGCGGUUUGUGCUGCCGCGUGGACAUUAUCCAAAUGAUGUCCGUUCAGAACUUACAUCUGAUGGCAUACUAGUGGUUAGAUGUCCUCCAACAUCGCAAGCUGAGCGCAGUGUCUAUGUGCGCCAAGUUGGUCCAUAUCUUAGCAUUAAAAAUUAAUUUUAAAAUUGAGAAGAUUUUAUAAAAGACUUUGAUGUGAACCAAAAUCAAAAAAUUAUAAUUACAAAUAUCACUUAAUUUUUUGAAGUGUAUUCAAAUUAAUUUAAAUAAUUUUAAGUUUGACAAUAAAUUGUUAGUUUGUUCUAUUUUAACUCUCAAAUAAAUUACUAAAAAUAUUUAUUAGUUAAAUAUUUUGGACUCUUUUUAAUUAUUAUUACACUUUUGAUUUUAUUUUAAUAAAAAUACAUAAGUUCGCCUAACUUGUUAUGGAAAGUGUAGUGUUGUUUGU